CUAGUCCUGAGUCCCAAUCUCUCCGAACUCUUCUUCUUCUUCUUCUUCUUCUUCGUUUCUGGUUCGCCUGCGCGCCCUCGUCGUCGCCCGGCCGGCUUCGCUUGGGAGCGCUUGAUUCUCCGUCGUCGUGCGGAAAUUUUGUCAAUUCGAUCUCUGUAUGUUGUGAAUUUGAUCGAAACUCGAGUUAUAUGUGUUGCAUGAUCCGUGAAACCACCGUUUUCGAUCUGAUCUGAAGGAUUCCGGUGGUUUCGAUCUUGCUCAAUGGCGGAUCGGGAGGAUGAGGAGCUUCAGAUGGCGCUGAGGAUGAGCCUGCAGAGUUCGCCACCGGAAGCGAAGCGGAGCAAGCCGCGGGAGGGAGCGGAGGAGUCGCCGGAGGCUAGGAAUCGGAGGUUGCAGCGAGAGCUCAUGGCGUCUGCUGCUGAGAAACGGAUCAGAGCGACUGAGAAUAAGAGCCCUAGCCUUAGCCCUAAGGUGGAAUCGCCGAACAAGAACGUUGGACCCAGUGGCGUGCCGGUGUCUAUCACGGAGGCGCGUAGGACGGCGGAGAGGAAGGUGCGAUCUGGGGAGGCACUCCCGCCGGAGGUGGCGAACGAGUUGUUCUCAAUGGUGUUUGGCAGCGGCGUGUCUAAGGGAAUCUUGGCGCAGUGGAGCAACCAGGGCAUUAGGUUUAGCUCUGAUCCAGAUACGUGCAUGGGUUUGGUGCAACAUGAGGGAGGUCCUUGUGGUGUCUUAGCAACUAUACAGGCCUUUGUCCUCAAGUAUCUUUUAUUUUUCCCGCAAGAGUUGGGUCAUGUUUCACCCAAUAAUCCAUCACAAACUUUAGUUAAAAGAGGACUUGCACGAAGUUCAUAUGCUGCAACAGACAAUUUUGCCCAUAUAACUGAUGAACGAAAGUCUAGAGCUUUGGUUCUCAGUAUGGUUGAAAUAUUAUUUUCAUGUGGGAAUGGAAAAAGUGCUGUGGUCUCAUCAUUAGAUGUUUUUAGCGAUCACAUCAAGGAUGGAUGCGAAGGUGAUCUAAAGAAUGAGAUGAUAACAAAAGCCUUGGAAGGAUUUUCAAUAGAAUCAGCUUCAGAUUUGCAAAAAGUUUUGAGAGUUAGCACAUACACCUCACAGGCAGCUGCUUUUGAUCGAUUAAUGACAGAUCUUCCGGUAUUUGAAAGCCGAAUGGGGGCAAUGUUGUUCCUUAUUUCUGCUUUACUUUCACGGGGAUUGGAAUCUGUUCAAGCAGACAGGGAUGAUCCAAGCCUGCCAUUGGUUACAGCCCCAUUUGGUCAUGCGUCGCAGGAAAUUGUGAAUCUACUUCUCUGCGGGCAGGCUGUUCCAAAUGUUUUUGAUGGUAGGAUGGAUCUUGGUGGUGGGAUGUCCCUGAAAGGUAUAGCUAAUGGUGUGGAGAUUGGAUUCCUUACCCUUCUGGAAUCCCUGAAUUUCUGCAAAGUAGGACAGUACCUAAAAUGCCCAAAGUGGCCUAUAUGGGUGGUCGGAAGUGAGUCCCACUACACUGUACUGUUUGCCCUCGAUACAUCUGUGCAAGAUGAGAAUGAGCUGGAGAGCCGAGAGGCAAAGAUUAGGCGAGCGUUUGAUGCCCAGGAUCAGAGUGGAGGGGGAGGCUUCAUCAGCGUGGAAGGCUUUCAACUAGUUAUUCGAGAGACGAACAUCCACUUUCCACCUGAAAAGCUCGAUAACCUCUGCAAUGCAGGUUUUAUAGUAUGGAGUGAGUUCUGGCAAGCUUUGUUAGAACUGGAUAAAAACUCGGGUGGUCUUAAGGAUCCAACCGGAUCACUGGGCAAAAAGCAGUUUGAUCUCUUUCAUUUCAAUGGCAUUGCCAAAUCUGUUGUGAAUACGAAUGCGAUGGCAGAAGGUGAGAUCCCAUUGCAAAGGCCAAGGCUCUGUAAACUGAGUGUUUCGGUUCCCCCGAAGUGGACGCAAGAAGAGUUUCUGGCAGAUGUGGUGCCUUCUUCGAGCGGAGAGGUGAAUCAGCCAGCACCACCCGCGCAGCACGCACCAUUGGUGGACUGCAUCAGGACUCGGUGGCCUCGAGCCACCUGUUCUUGGGUUGGAGAUGACCCGAGUAUUGUCUGAGGGGGACCGAGAUGUGAACUAUAAUCUUAAUUGUUGUAACAUCUCAAGGUCAUUUGUGUAUGAUAAUUAAGGUCAUCUUCAUUUGCAAAAAAUGAACAUUUGUUCAAUCUAUAUAUGGCAUUGGUUGCGUGGGUUGCCCACCA